AUGUCGACCCGGAAUCGCUUCCAGGCAGAGGUGCCGAUAUCUUCUCUGCCCAAGUCCUCGUCGUCCUCUUCUACCUCGUCUCCGAACGGCAACAUGAACAGCCUACAGAAAGCGCCAUCGUCACCAUGGUAUCCCACCUUCCUUGAGGCCAUCUUACUGGCCAUCUACCCCUUCACUCUGGUACUCGGUUCCCUGUUCAGCGUCUUGAACAGUACCACGCGCAACACACCCUACAGCGGCGACCUCCAGUCCCACCCUCCAUCCAUCGCUCCCUCAUACUUCGCCCUCAAGUCCAACGUCUUCAACGUCUACUUUGUCAAGAUCGGCUGGGUCUGGAUAACAGGCGCCUUCUUCCUCUUCUGCUUCACCCACAGCUCUCUUGGUCCUCGCUUCCAGCCCACUCUCACAAACCGCCGUAUCCGCGCCAUCAUCCGCUACACUGCUGUGACUGCCGUCUGGUGUGCAGUCACCCAAUGGUUCUUCGGCCCACCCAUCAUCGACCGCGGUUUUAGAUUGACCGGCGGCCAAUGCGAGAUCAUCUACAAGGAUGACCCUAUCAACAACUACAAGCAGAACCAAAUGAGCGACACUAGAGAAAUCUUGACUCAUGCCGCUUGCAAGAUCGCUGGUGGCUCUUGGAGAGGCGGCCACGAUAUCAGUGGCCAUGUCUUCAUUCUCAUUCUUGGUUCUGCUAUGCUCUGGCUCGAGAUCCUCCCUGCCGUUCUCAGAAAUGGAGGCUUGCGCGAGGAUCGUCGUAUCCGUAUGCAUGACGGCGCCGUCAAGACCGCUGCCGUUGAGACAUCUGACAACAAGGGCAAUGUCCAGGUCCCAACCGACUUGGGAUUGGGCGUUAGAGUUGCUCUAUGCAUUGCAGGCCUGAGCUGGUGGAUGUUGCUCAUGACAGCUGCAUACUUCCACACUUGGCUGGAAAAGUUUACUGGCUUCCUUGUUGCUUUCAGCGUCAUCUAUGCUGUCUACUUCGUCCCCAGAGGUGUGCCUGCUGUCAGAGGCAUUUUGGGAAUGCCUGGCGUAUAG